AUGAGCCGUCUCAGCCGGGUGCCAAAACACCAAGGAUUUCAGAUGAAAUAUCCCAUGUGCAAGAAGAGAAGCAGGGUAGAUGAUGCAAGCAGAGAUACCAGCAGUAUAUUAGUUUUCCAAACAAGCUUGCCUUCCCUUGAUGACAAAAAACUUGAUGUCAUAAUAAAGGACAUUAACGAAGUCAAGCAAAACUUGGCAUUACUUGUUAAAGCAAAAAAUGAUGAUUUAUGUGAAGCAAGAAGUGUUGCUGAAAAUAGAGAAAAACUAAGUGAGGAGACAAAAACUUUGCUUGCCAAAAUUACCCUGGCUAGAUCAAUAAAUGAUAUUGAAUUGACUGGCUUUGCGUAUAGUAGUGAAAGAAGUGAACUGUGCUGCUCCGUUUGUACAGAGGCUGAACAUGAGAACAAUGCCACAUUAACUACAGUGCAUGGGUCUAGUCUCAGUGGGAUGUUUUCAUACGAGCAAUCUAAUGGUCUAGCAUUUGCGGAAAAUGAAAAUCUCCCUGACCAGUUUAGGAAUCUGAAAAAGCAUGUAAAAAGGCAUAUUAAAAAAUCAAAGAAGCACAUUUGUAAUUUAAGAAAUGAAACUGAAAAGCAAAAUGCUGCUGUGAAAAUGAGAGGAAACAACCAUGAAGCUGGUAUGAAUCUUGGACGGCUUUGCAUGAAGCUUUAUCUUAAAGGUCGUCCAUAUACAGAUUUUGAAGAUAUAUUGAAUUUAAAGCAAGCUGGUGCCAAA